CAUCAGCUAGCCAAGGUCUGGUAUCCAGAGAGCUUGAAAGCCAGCUUGUAAACAACAAGUUCCCAUUUGAACUCAUCAUUAACUCACACUAAUAGAUCACCUUCAUCGCACCAGGAUCAUACAAUGGGAACCGCUAAUGUCCAAUCCAAACAAGUCACAGACUUCAAAGGGAAUCGUGGUCGGGCUACAUGCUUAGUGGCUACUGCCGUUGCCCUGGUGAUGAUUGCUACCCUGUACGCGUGGCUACCGGUCCUGUUGCGGCGGGCUACACAGCAAGCUACGACACCGAAGCUGAACGCUACAAUGAGGAACAUUUCCAGGGAACCUCACGACAUUGUUGAGAUCCAAACAAAACUCGGAUCUAUACGAGGCCUGCAGUAUCAAAAUAUCCGGGUGUUUCAUGGGAUACCUUAUGCUCGCCCACCUGUGGGUCCCCUCAGGUGGAAACCGCCAGAGAGUCAUCGCCCCUGGUCACCUAACGUAUACGACGCCACCUACAGUCGACCUGGCUGUCCGCAGAAAUGUAACGUUGCUAUGUUUUGUCCAGUUGAGACUUCAGAAGACUGCCUACACCUGGAGAUAUACUCACCUGUCUCUGCCGGCCCGGACAAGACCCUACCUGUCAUGGUCUACAUCCACGGGGGUGGCUUCAACGAAAUGUCCGCGUCCUCCUCGCUCUUUGAUGCCAGGAACUUAGCCCUGACCGCUGGCAUUGUCGUGGUUCUCUUCAACUAUCGAUUAGGGGUAUUUGGUUUUCUGGUUACUGGUAACAACACACUGGAUGCGCGAGGGAACUAUGGUCUACUGGAUCAAAAGCUGGCACUUGAGUGGGUUCAGGAACACAUCCAAGUCUUUGGUGGCGACCCUAAUAGGGUGACGCUAGCUGGACAGAGUGCCGGUGCCCAGUCCCUUCUCAUCCACCUGACCUCUGGCUCCACAAGACACCUUUUCCACAGCGUCAUCAUCGAGAGCCCACCCUUGGUUGUACCCUACAAGACGCUGUCCGAGGCCUCAGAACAGGGGGCCGGGCUAGCCCGGGGCCUAGGCUGCCAGACUACCCCCACCCAAAGCCUGAUGGAGUGCCUGCGGGAGAAACCUGAGGAUGACGUCAUGCUGGCCGAGCGCGCGCUGCCAUCGGAUGAUACGGACAUCUUCGACAAGAUCGAGCCGUGGAGGCCGGUGGUGGACGAUAAGAUGGUCACGCUCCAGCCUAUGGAGGCUUUAAAAGCCUACUCUACUUCCCCUGCCAACGAUAAGCCCAUGAUCUGGGGCACCACCACCGACGAGGGCCUGGCCUACGUCUACAAAGCCUUCCCGUCUCGCCUGGCUGAGCCCAUGUACGCUAUGGCCAUGACCCUGGCGUUCUCCGACCUCCCUGAUGACUUCAGCAGCCUCUACCCCGUUGACGAUCCUAUCGACGUUCGAGAGACCAUGGUUACCAUAGCAACGGAUUUCAUAUUCCGCUGCCCGGUCAACCACGUGGUUGGCCAGCUGGCCAGGGACAACCCGUCCAUCUGGUUGUACACCUGGGACCACGCCGUCAACGCCGAGCCGCCCCCGGAGCUACCCGAGUGCAAGGGGCGUGUCUGCCACUCCACAGAAAUCCCUUUCGUCUUCCAAAGUUUCCUCGCCAUCAGUUUCAACGCCUCUGCUGACGACUACCGUGCCAGUAACGACAUCAUCAGAUACUACUCCAACUUCAUGCAUCACAACAACCCCAACGGGAACAUGAGCCAUACGUCACCAACUUUUGUGUACUGGCCUCAUUGGUCUGAAAACACAACCGACGGCUCGGCCUCUGAAAAGCGCCUCCUGUUUGUAAACAACUCCACUAAAGCGGUGAGCGUGGAAAAAGACGCACACUGCGUCAUGUGGGACAAACGCGGGUACUUUCUUAACACUUCACCGGGCAUGGGCUUCUUUAAAUAGUUCAUGUUUAUAUUACGAUCGAUCCAAACAUUCACUCAGAUGUAUUGUAACAGUUUCAUGGUGUACAUCUUUAUUAGCGACUGAUAAACUUUGUACAGAAUUGGAAAGAUUAAACUGUGUAAGCAAUACAUGAAUUAUUUAAACAAGUAUGAAUGUCUAGUUGUAGAAAAGAUGACAUACGACGUAGAUCAGGGUAUUGGUAAUCGAACGGCAGAAAUCACAAACGUUGAUUUUUGGUGGUGGAAACUGCAGUGUUUCAAUGUUAAGCUAUCGCAAAUUGUUACUAGUUUUACACGUUAAUCUGAGGUUUUAUAUACAUUUCAAGAUAUUUACACUACUUUUCUUUCUGAUCUUAAGUCUCUUUCGGGGGGACUUACCGUAAAUACAUUUAUUUUUUAAAUAAAACAUUUUGCAACAAUACUGUAACGACUG